AUGGGCACCCGGCAGACCAAGGGCAGCCUGGCGGAGAGAGCCAGCCCCGGCGCGGCGCCCGGCCCCCGCCGCGAGCGGCCCGACUUCUGGGCGUCGCUGCUGCUGCGCGCCGGGGACAAGGCGGGGCGCGCGGGCGCCGGCUCGGGGCUGCCCCCCUACCACCGGCGCGUCGGCAUGGUCCAGGAGCUGCUGCGGAUGGUGCGCCAGGGCCGGCGGGAGGAGGCGGGGACGCUGCUGCAGCACCUGCGCCAGGACCUAGGCAUGGAGUCGACCUCGCUGGACGACGUCCUGUACCGCUACGCCAGCUUCAGGAACCUGGUGGACCCCAUCACACACGACCUCAUCAUCAGCCUGGCACGCUACAUCCACUGUCCCAAGCCGGAGGGCGACGCGCUGGGCGCCAUGGAGAAGCUGUGCCGGCAGCUGACCUACCACCUCAGCCCCCAUUCCCAGUGGAGGCGCCGCCGCGGGCUGGUGAAGAGGAAGCCACAGGCCUGCCUCAAGGCAGUCCUGGCCGGGAGCCCUCCGGACAACACGGUGGACCUGUCUGGCAUCCCGCUGACCCCCCGUGACCUGGAGCGGGUGACCGGCUACCUGCAGCGCUGCGGGGAGCAGGUGGAUAGCGUGGAGCUGGGCUUCACGGGCCUCACGGACGACAUGGCCCUGCAGCUGCUGCCCGCGCUGAGCACGCUGCCCCGGCUGACCACGCUGGCCCUCAACGGCAACCGGCUGACGCGGGCCCUGCUGCGCGACCUCACCGAUGCCCUGAAGGACCCCAGUAAGUUCCCCAGCGUCACGUGGAUCGACCUGGGCAACAACGUGGACAUCUUUUCACUGCCCCAGCCCUUCCUGCUCAGCCUGCGCAAGCGCUCCCCCAAGCAGGGUCACCUGCCCACCAUCCUGGAGCUGGGCGAGGGCCCGGGCAGUGGGGACGAGGCCCGGGACGAGACUGUGGGCCAGGAGGACCCUGGAGGGGACCAGGAGGCCAGGGAGACUACAGGUGCAUCUCAGACGUGACAGGGAGGUGGGGGCCUCUCCAGGGAGUCCUGCUGGGGUAGGAUGGCUGAGGCAGGGCGGGCGUUCCCAGCGGGGUAGCGGGCCACCAUCCAGAAUGGGCCUGGCAGCACCUCCCCCCGACCCAGGAAGCCAGAUGGUAGCAUCUAGGAAAGGACUGUAAUUCCUCUCUGGUCCUCUCCAUCACCCCCUCGUCAAUCCACAUCUGCCUUUUGGCUCCUCAGCAGUCAUCCCUGGCUCAAGAGGAACCAACCCUCAGCUUCCCAACUUGUGGGUGCCGUGUAGGGGCUGGGGAUGCUGGAGGCUUGAGUUGAUGUGAGCGGUCAGAGCUUUCCCCCCCAGAAAAGGAAGUGUAGUGGGGGCUCUGCAUCUAACCCGGGAUUUUCCAGUCCUGAGUUACAGAUAUCCAGAUGCUGGAUGUGCCCCUGAUCAAGGCAGGUCGGAAUCUCUAGCUCCUGGCUGACGGUUGGGGUAGGGGACUGGCUGCUGGAGACCCCAGGAGCCUCAUCCCCGUCUGGACUGAGGGGUGUCUGCCUCCUCCUUGUGGCGCCCAGGCUCCUUGGGACCAACUUCCCGGCCUCAGCCUCCAUUUUCAAGGCUCGCCCUUCAGCCUGACCUCAGAGGCCACGGGACCAGCCACCCCCCAUACCCUUCAAUAUUUAGGACAGUCUGGGGCAGACAGUGCAUGUGCCACUCAGAAACCGCACAGCAUCUCCACCUAGUGCAACUCCACAUGCGUCGGUGUUCCUAGGGUACAGGCCAGAGGGAGCCUUGCUUGCUUUCAUAAGGACCCUUUUCCCAUAAAAUCCCUCCCCAUGGAGUCCCCAAAGUAAUCCUUGCUACUUUGAGCACAUUCCCGAAAACCCAGGACCACAAAGCAAGACAACUGGGAGAAGGGGAAAAAAAUAAACCGGAGGUUCCCAAGGGGAGAAAGCCAAGGUUUUCACCCUACCUUCCCCUUACCCAAGGCCUACGGGUUAAAAAGUCAUCCCUUUCAGGCACAAUUAGCAAGUCCAGGGAGAUUGGGAACCAAUCAUUCUUGAGCUAGAGAAAAUCAUUCUGGGUGCCCAGUGUUGGUGAACCAGACAGAGCCCCUCAGGCAAACAGCAGAGGGCUAGGGAAGCACAGCCUGACAUGCCUCCAGCCUCAGGCCAGGUACGUCGGAAGGUGGCAAGAUGGGGGUGGGUGAAGAGCCAGACAGUGGGACCUUGCCUGCUGCUGUCUGGGCAGGUGUGGGGUAGGGCUUCAGGAGCUACAGGGAGGCUAUGCAAAAGGGCAGACAGAGCCCAGAGGGGCAGGGACUGGACUCGCGUGUUACAGAUGCCUUAAAAUGCUUUGGGAUUUUUGCCCCAAGUCUCAAGAGGGAAGAACAGCUUAGACCUACCUAAAGGGAAGGUGACAAGUACUAAUACCUGGACCGCUAAUAUUUGUCAGCAGUGAUCAAACUGGACUUUUUCUUCAAAUACACAUUUGUAAGAACCAAUACCAAAGACCAUACUUUUAUUACAUUGUUGAUGGUUAACUGCAUGGAGAUACAAAUUUCAGGAAGUUUCCAGUUCAAAAACCUCAGGCUCUCACCCAAGAACACACUUAUACAAUAUUUAAAAGUACAAAAGCUCCUUUUGGUUAAGGGACGAUACAAGAAACCUCAUGAACUUAGUGACACCAGAAAUGCCAGUCCACGCGGUCCCAAAAAAUCCAUUUCUUGGCUCUCAUUGGUAAGAAUGUCCCUCUGAUACUGAGCACAAGGUGUUUCUACACCAAAUGCGGGAGGCCCAGGUUUUCAGGGCCCAAGCUGAUGGCUGCCCUUGUUCCUUUGGACUUCAAAUUCUGCCCCUGCCGCAGCACAGCCUGCAAGGAAAUUAAGUAUCAGUUAAUCUUACUUUAUACUCUAAGAACAGUCAUUCACAGCCUAAAAGAUAUCUUCAGAAAACCGUAGGUUCACCACCACACAAUCUGCCGGUAAUUCCAGCUUUUUUAGGUGAUUUCAUCAUUUGAUAUCCUUUUCUGCAAAUCCAUUUCAACAAAACUAGCUGCUUAUCCAUUCUACCGUGGGGGUGGUCAUUGUGUAGACCAGAUCUUACAUCUUCUUGGGCUGGGGUACUGCUGCCACUGCCGCCCGCUUUAGAACUCUGCUGUGCAGAUCCCACUCUUCGGUGCUCAAAGCUUGGUGGGAUGAAUGAGGCACCCACGGACAGACAGCAGAUGCCAAAAGCAACUGGAGGCAGUUCCCAUCGUCUUAACCUCCGUUCAAGUCACGUUAUCGCAAACAGACCCAAGGCUGUCCAUCUCAGAGCAGAUAAGCAGUUUGCUCAGGACUGUACAGCCAUGACAUCAAAAGGAACUCCUGGGCUCACUCUGCCGUCUGGUCCAGACAUCACGCACCGAAAUCAUUCUCAGAUAUUUUCUCUAAUGCUCAAGGGCUGCACCGACACAAAGUAUUAGGUCAGCCGGACCUGUAUCUGGUCCAGCAGAAACUUCACAUGAAUCAACAGCUAGGCCUCCUCAACCACGAACUUCUCCAGAGCCCAAAGCUAGCUUACCUCGGAGCAGGCCGAUGCUCGGGCUCCCACACGGUGAUCACGCGCUGGCCACCCUUCACUAGCUUGCAGCCUGGGUGAAGACAGAUUAUGGGUCACAGUCCAGCCCAGCUUACUCCUGGGCACCAGCUACUGGUGAGGACGCGUGACUGCAGUCAGCCAGGAACUGGUUUCGUCAGUUAUCGCUUCUGACGGCACUUCCUAUUAGUGAUUUCAUCAGAGCAGCCAAGCACCUCACCACAGUACCGCCCCAGAGACCUGGGCUUCGGCUAAAACCG